AAGCUGGCAGAUCAUUUAUUUUCUUAAUGAGAGCUGUUUGAACCAAUUAAGGCACAGAUUAUCUUAUUAUACCAGUCAGACCUCAUGUUACUUUUGAUAAGAUUCUAGAGAAGUCAUGUGUAAUACUUUUCUGUGGGGUGGAGUCUGCUUAUGUUACAGUUGUACGAGGUCAGACCUUAAUUUAACUCCCAACUACAUACUUAAUUUUAGAAAUACCACAAGACACACCAGCGUGCAGGGUACUAUUCCUGUCUGUUCAAAAUACAGGCCCCAGAGUAACAAUGACAAGAUGAUGGGUUGAAAAGCUCAAUCUUUCAUAUAAGAUGAUGGAAGGAAAUGAGGACUCUAUUGAAGACCAUCUCACUGCUUAUGCAAUUCAGCUUAGUAUUCAAGAAUCAAUUGAAGCCAGUCAACCAACAGCUUCCCAUUACCAUGACAGAUUUGUACCACCCAGUGAUCAAAAUAGGAAACUUAUAGCAGCCAUAAGACAAGGCAAAGUAUUUGAUCUUCAGAGCUAUGUGAAACAUAAAUAUGCUUUGGAUGAAGCUGAUGAAAGAGGCUGGUUCCCACUUCAUGAGGCUGCAGCUCAGCCAAUUCAGCAAAUACUUGAAAUCAUUCUGGAUGCAUCUUAUAAAUCAAUGUGGGAAUACAAAACAUGUGAUGGAGAAACACCGUUAACUUUGGCAGCAAAAGCUGGUUUUGUGGAAAAUGUAAGAACGUUAUUGGAAAAGGGUGUUUGGCCUAAUACCACAAACAAUAAAGGAGAAACUCCUCUUCUCAUUGCUGUGAGACGGGGGUCUUACGAAAUGGUAUUGACUCUGAUUAAAUACAACUGUCAUAUCCACCAGCCAUGUGUAAAACGCUGGUCAGCAAUGCAUGAAGCUGCAAAACAAGGCUGCAAAGAGAUUGUUUCUCUGCUUCUGAAGAAUGGAGGAAAUGUGCACCUGAAAGAUGGUUAUGGGGUAACGCCAUUAGGAGUUGCUGCUGAAUAUGGACACUGUGAUGUGCUGGAGCAUCUUAUUCAUAAAGGUGGUGAUGUUCAUGCUUUAGCAGAUGAUGGUGCAUCAGUACUGUUUGAAGCAGCUGGAGGAGGUAAUCCAGACUGUGUAGCUCUUCUUUUGGAAUAUGGAGGAAGUGGUAAUGUGCCUAAUAGGGCAGGACAGCUCCCUAUACACAAAGCAGCCUAUGAAGGACAUUAUUUGUCACUGAAAUAUCUAAUUCCAGUUACAUCCAAGACUGCAGUCCAGAGAAGUGGGUUAAGCCCCAUUCACUCAGCAGCAGAUGGCCAGAAUGUGCAGUGUCUAGAACUUCUCAUUGAAAAUGAUUUUGAUGUCAAUACUCUCCUGGCUGAACACAUUUCUGAAAACUACGAUGAUGAAAGGAAAACGGCACUCUAUUUUGCUGUUUCUAACAAUGACAUUCUCUGCACAGAAGUAUUACUCAAAGCUGGUGCAGACCCAAACAAGGAUCCUCUAAAUUGUCUUCUUGUAGCAGUGAGAGCUGGUAACCAUGAAAUUGUACGAUUGCUUCUAUCCUAUGGAGCAAAUGUCAAUUGCUACUUCAUGCUCGUGAAUGACACCCAUUUCCCCAGUGCCAUUCAGUAUGCUUUGAAUGAUGAGAUAAUGCUAAGGCUGUUGCUGAAUCAUGGAUAUAAUGCAGAGAGGUGUUUUGAUUGUAUGCAUGGCAACAUCUUUGGAAGUUCUUUUGUGUGGUCACUUCCAGAAGAGGAGGUAUUACCAGGAUGGACAUCUUGUGUAAUAAAAGAUACUCCAUUCUGUGCCUUUAUUACAGUUCCUUGGUUGAAACAUUUAGUUGGACAUGUGAUUCGCAUUUUGAUAGACUAUAUGGAUUAUGUUCCUUUGUGCUCAAAACUAAAGUGUGUCCUAGAAGCACAGAAAGAAUGGCCAGAGAUACGCCAGAUAUUAGAGAAUCCUCGCCCAUUAAAACAUUUGUGCCGCCUGAAAAUACGUAAACUGAUGGGACUAAGGAGACUACGGAGACAAGCAUCAAUGGCGAAGCUUCCUCUUCCACCAGUUCUAAAGGACUAUAUCUUAUAUAAAGAAUAUGAUCUUUAUGGAAAGGGGCUAAAUUUAGCUUAGAUUUAAAACAGUCAAUUAAAACUUGUAAAUUAAUUCUUUAGAAUUUUUUACUAGAUUGAGAAUUAUUUAAUAUUGUUAUAUGUACUCAAAACAUUUGAUAUUUGCUGUAAAUAGGCCUUUAUGGGAACCCUUUUAAAAAAAAUGUGGUCUGUAAAACUCAAUUUGUUUUUUCUGUUUUUACUUAACAUUCUGUCUUGAUAUUCUAAGAGCAUGGAGAAGGAGAUGAUAGUCAUUGUGCAACCCAAAACCUCCAGGAUUGGAUUUUAGGUGAGUAAUAUGUACACUUCAACCUGGAAAAAAAGUGUUGUUAAUGUCUGCUACGAGUAGAGUUUUCUUAGUGGGUUCUCUGUUGAAGAUGAUAAAAAAGAUCAUGUUUAAAAUACUGAUUUAUUUUAAAAAGCGUACAUGUGGAAAUUAGAAGUAUGAUGAAAAUAAAAAUGUUCUGUUUCAUUUGUAUGAUAAGUUUUGACUCCAGCCACCCUUCAUGUGUUUGGCUUGAAAUGUGAUGUUUUGUACAUUUUAAAUUGUGGUCCUACUGUAAAGUGCUCGAAAAGUAAUAAAACAGUUCUCUUUUUAUUUAGA